AUGACAGAGAGACUAGUAGGAAAUGAACUUCAAGAAGGGGAUGCUCCAAUUUGUGACUUCCUUCUAGAUGAUGGAUGGUAUUCUCUGCAUGAUUAUGUUAUAGCUGAUACCCCCGAACCAUGUGCUACACAUUACAAUUGGUACAUGAUUGGUGCUCUUCCGCAAACACCAAAUGUCGAAACAGAAGUGGUAGUAUGUAAAAAUGCUCCACACAACGAUUGUUUGGAAACGAAAAAGAUAUCAACAAUUUUAUGUCAAAAUGGGAAAUAUGUGUUUUAUUUGAAAUCAACAUCUGGAUGUUCUGAGGCCUACUGUAUCAGGAGUUUAACCGACGAUGAAGGUGCUAGUGCUCCAGACAUAAGCGCCAUGGCUAAACCUGUUGUAACGGCGGAUAUUACUAAUGAUCACGAACUGGUAUUUUAUUGUGUAUUUGAUGCUCCUUCAGUGACAUAUCUUUAUGACAUUGAUUGGAGCUUGUCUACCGGAAUAUCACUGGCAAAAAGGAUAAAAACAUUUAAAGAGAUAAAAUACAAUGGGCCUGCCGCUUUCCAGUUUACAACUCAGCUAAUAGAAAAUGACUUGAGGCAAAACGGAAUUCGUACCCUCGGAUUUUCACUUGUCUGUUCUGUCAAAGCCAAAGCAGAUAUAGCUGGUAAAUAUAGUGAAAGCAAAGUAAGUGACAGGAAAUUCUGCGGUGUUGAGGUAAGCAACAAUGGCUGGAUAAGCGUUAAGAACAACACAGUUGGAAGCGUCCAUCUGCGGCUCACAGUUCCAUUUGCCUAUGAUUUUCCGGAACAGCUGAUACAUUUUAUGAUAUACAUUCCUACACUCGAAAGUGAUGAAAAAUGUCAGCUGUCUCAGGCGGCACUCAUUGACAGUAAAUACGAAAAAAACACUUGCAUCGUUACUUUUAGUGAGAAUGAUGUAAAAAACGAGAAGUGGAAGGAAUUAAAACUUGCUGGUUUGAUUGGACAGAAACCCAUGUCAUUUGAUAGAGUUUUUACUGUGCAGCUAAUUUCUAUGCAUUAUAGCAAGCACCCAAUCUUUUCGAACUAUUCGAUUGAUCCAUUGCACGUUCAGAUACACUCAGAUACAAUAUCAGUGGAUGGAAAGAAAUGUUAUGCUCACAGUGAUCCACACAUGUUCUCUUUUGAUGAGCAGAAGUAUGAAAAUCAAAACCAAGGAACAUUCAUUUUGUACAGAAAUGCUCUGUAUAAUGUUGAGGCACAAAUGAAAACUGACAGAUGUCCUAACCAUUUCGAUCAUCCAAUCAAGCCUUGGUGUACUUGUGGAGUUGCUGUUCGCGCUGGAAGGGACAUUUUUAAAAUUGACAAUUGUGGAACAGGUUUUAUUGUAGAACCUCGCUUUGAGAGAUGCGAUGAUCGCGUUUUGCAACGAAAAGUCAAAAGGAAGGCAGGAGGAAGGGAAUUCAGGAUAUAUCUUCCGAGUGGUACAGAAAUUCUACUACAAAUGAACUGGCAAACGUUCAUUGAAGUAGACAUAUUUCCAUCAAUUCUUGACAAGGGCAACACAGACGGCUUAUGUGGAAACUUUGAUGAUAGCACACUGAAUGAUCCAGAUGUAAAUACAGCAUUAGGCUGGAGAGUCGGUGAAACAAAUGACUUAUUUAAUCUAGACAAACAUCAAGCUAUCAAGCCUUGGGAACUAGAAAAAUACCUAUGCACGUGUGAUGUUGAGAAAAAAAAUAACAUUUUCACCAAUAUUGCAACAUGCGACACAUCAAAAGCUCAGAAGUGCGUACAUGAUAGUUUGGUUGAUGUUGAACAUUCCAUGUGUUCUCUCACCCGACGUAAGAGGUCUGUCGAUCAACUCUUUUAUUCAAUGGAUAAGCACUCUUCCAUCGAGACAAAUUUCCGCAGUUCUACUAAGAGAUCUGUUACAAACCACAAGGUCUUGAAAAGAAGCAUAUAUACAGCCGAAAAAGCUAGAGAGGACUGUAUGAAUACAUUAAACAACACACUUUUUCAAAUGUGCUCUAAUCUUCCGACGUUGGACAUGGAACCUUUCAUUGAUAACUGCAUCUCAGAUGCUUUGGUUACGAAUUCUAUGGACUGGGCAAAUGUCCACCUUGAAGGAAUAAAAAAGCAAUGCAUCUAUAAUAUGGAAGUAAACCAGCCUCUCUCGGAUUCUGUUCUAUCGGAGCUUAACAGAUUGACAGAGGAUCCCAAUGAUUUUAAGAAAAAUGACAGUGAAUAUAACAGCAGUUUCAGCACUACAGAGACACCAACCACAAUAGUAUCAGCAGGGACACCUGUGGCGGAACCGUCAUUUACCUUUACACCAGAGAUGUUGGAAAAUAUUAAAUCAGCAAGCUGUUUAAACGAUUGCAGUGGACACGGCAAGUGCUCAGGGGGAAACUGCAUUUGUGAUUCUGGUUAUAUGGAUAUCGACUGUUCCUUAAGUGAAAACGAUGCCCCGCAAAUGUUAGGCAUACCUGACCGAGGAAUUUGUGACUUGCGGCAAAGAAAGUGUCAGAAAACGUCUGUCUUUGGAAAAAACAUAGUGGAGUCUCCAAAUCUGUUAUGCAAAUUGCAACCAUUCCAGAUUGAAAGAAAUGGACAGGCCAAGGAACAAACCACAAUGACGAAUCAAGCAUUGUUAGAAUCGUUUACACAAGUCACGUGUGAUUUACCAUCUAUAAGAAACAAAAGAUCUGGCGAAAAUUUAAACGAUGAUUUCGUAGCUCGUGGAUAUCGUAUUUCGUUAAGUAACAAUGGCAAAAUAUACAGUGAAGAAGACAUAAUCAUAAUAUUUGACUCUGAAUGUGUUAAUUGCUCAAAAAGCCACGGGGAAAUCGUUUGUUCUGCAAAGCCUGGAUAUUGCAUCAACAAUGGGAAUUGUUACAAGUCUGGAGAAUCCUUCGGCUGUUACACUUGCACUGGCGAUCAACUCGAUAAAGUAGCAUGGACCUCUGGACCUGAUUGUCCUAUACCGGCACCUCCUCCAAGCCAGUCUGGAAAGUUAUGGAUCAUAGGAGCCGUUGUUGGCCCGGUAGCUGUGAUACUGAUUAUCGUAUUUGUGGUUAUUUACUACAACACAAAGAGACAUCCACAUGGCUCAAAGAAAAUGGGUUCUGUUAAUCCGCUUUACAGCGAAAGUUAGAAGUCUUAGGACAUCCAAAUGGCGACGAUACGUUUUGUGCUUUCAUAUUCAAACGUUCUGUAUAUAACUACUAAAACAUUCAGACUCUUCUGCUUGCUUAUAUUCUAUUAAAAUCAAGUUUAGAAAAAGAUGUAACGUACAACUGAAGUGCAUUUAUUUAAAAAAAAAAAGGUAUGAAAAGGUUACAAAUUUAUUAUGAAAAUUAUCUAUUUAGCACAAUUUUUAUAAUUGAAAGUGUAAGAUAAUAGUUUUAAUUACUGUUGCGGGUUUUUUGUAUUGAAGCCAUCAAAAUACAACCCACUUUUCUAUUUACACAACUAAAAGUUGAAGCCUGAAAAUAAAAAUGUUCAUGCGAUACAUUUAAAGAAACUUCCAACGUCCCCAACAUCCGAUAUAUCUGUCAAAAUAUCUCAUAAUGUCAACAGUAUAUGUCUGGAAAAUUCUCGCGUUAUUAUGAAAAAUACUUAGAAAGAAUUUCAACAAAAUUAAGUGAUGCCCUGAUAUCAUUUUAUUUACUCUUCCGCGGUAAAUCAUUUUUUUUAAAAAAUCACAAAAAUUACUAGAAUACAUACAAUUUACGAACAAGCGAAUUUCAUUAUAUUGAAAGAAAAGUCCUACAAAAAUAAAAUAACUUCUUUAUCCUGCGAUAUCUUGACUAAAUUUAAAUCUGGUUUGACAUUUGACCACAUAUCAGUGAAAAAUGCAAUAUCAACGCCUCAUAAUACAUGAAUGAUAUUUUCUCCAUUUAUAAAAUCACUACUUUAUUUGUACUUUUCUGACUGUUUGAGUGAUAUUUUGUACAAGUUGAUUUUGUUGAAAGUUGAACAUACUAUUUACAACUUAUUUGUUUUUAAAAUUAUUUUUUUUUGUAUAAAUGUACAAUUAGAAUUAUGAAACCAAAACAAUUGAGGAGGGUUAAAAAUUUCGAUUAGUAUAUAAUUAUUGCAACAAGUUACGAGUGAAAGAGUGGACACACUUUUGAUGAUAAAAAUUCUCUUUCCUUUACUAUUCGUUGUUGUUACUAAAUGUAUUAUUUUCAAUGUAUACAAAUGAUCAGUGAAAAAAAUAAAUUGCGAUAUAUUUGGAGAAUAAGAUAUUUUAAUAAGCAGACAAAAUUUCUCAAUUACGAAAAGCCCACCAUUUACAAAUAUUCAUAACAAUUAGUUAUUAGAUAUUAAGGAAAACAAAUAAUUUUUAAGAAGUUAAAAUACGCUACUGUUUGAUUAUCUAAUAAUCGGAUUUUAUUCACAUCAAAAACAAAUUUAUGAUGAGAAUAUAACGUAAUUCAUUGUGUUUUUCAAAGAUAAACGGUAUGCGUUUGAUUUUAUAUCUUCCCGGUAUAUGUUUUGCUUUUUAUACUUUUACUAAUUAUAUUUAAGUCUUUUUUCAGCACUUUUCCUGCCAUAAAAAUCUUCCACAGAUAAAAGAAAUUUGGCAGGUCAGGUAUUGUCAGUUUAGUAUUAUAUACUUGGAAAGUAUUGCUAUUAAAAGGCAACAUGACAUCAAAUGUGAACAAAGUUAUGUAUCAUUUGUAUUAUGAAAACUUGUACGAAAGAUAAUGUAGACAACAGACAGCGAAUGUUCGUAGAAAGUAGAGGCUUAUUUGCUUUAAUAUACACUUUCAUAUAAUUAUAUACUGUAGUUUUCUUUCUAAAAAAGUUAUUUGAUAUCAUGCACUUUGUGACGUUAGUGGUGUAUAAAGAAUAAAUGCUAUAUUACUA